AUGUAUAGACCAACGGCUAAAAAUGAAUGGUGGUUCUGCGGGACUCUCACCGUCCAAGCUCUUAUAACCAUCGCGCUUGAAGCGUAUAUCCUCGUGGAAUGGGAAUUAUGGGUAACCCCCAACAUCACCCAAGUCCCCGUCUCCUACCUCGUCCCGAUAGGCAUGGGGAUCCUGGUAUUCGCCUGUGUCUAUGAAGUAAUCCUCGCGCUCGAUGCCAUACACAACAAGAACAACAUCCUCCUGUUCGCAAUCUGCGUAUCCAACGUGUGCAGUAACAUCUUCGCUGUGAUGCGGUGCAUCUCGAUGCAAAACACCACCGCCGGGCUGUUCGCGGGGAGCGCGGAGUCGAUUCCUGCGUUGGUGAAUUCUUCCUGGAAUGUGUGGCCGAGGAUUCAGCCGGCCGAGAUCCUUGUCCCGGUUAUCACAGGCUUGGGGACGUUUGUGCUGUGGCCGUGUGCGUAUUAUCUGCAUAGGGAGUAUUCGUGGGCGAUUUACAAGUGUGUGCAUGGGAGUUCGGAGAUUCGGAUGCGAUAUCUGGCUUAUGAGAUCUACCUCGUCCUGAUCAAACUUGACUUUUACUUCCUAGUCGGCUUCAUCAUCCAAUACGACCUGGUGGACGUGCACUUCAACGAACCCGAAUACACCCUAACCAUGCUCAUCAUUCCAGCCGCGUUUGUCAUCAUGGUCCUCGGAAUCUACUUUGUCCAGCACGAGCGCACCUUUUGCAUGAUUCCCAUCGUCGCAUGCUACCUAGGCCUAAUCGCCUACCUGCUCAGUCGGAUCAUCGUGCUCUGCGGGAACGGUCUACGUGCGAACACAGCCGGGAAAGACAUGAUGCUUCUCUUUGCGUUUGUAGCGCUGGCAUUUACAGCGGCGACGCUUGUGUGUGCGAUUAUCUGUAUGGUGAAUUUCAAUCGCGGGUUGAAGAUGGUUAAUAUGAAGCGGAAGGAUGUUGCGCGGGAGUCGUAUAUGAUGAAGGGUGUGGAGGCUGAUACUUCUUAUCAGGGGCGGAUGUCGCGGAUAUCAUUGGAUUAG